AUGGGCGGCCUCAGCGCCUCCGACGCCUUCUGGACGCAUCUGCGCACGCUCUGCCUCGACCAGUUUCCCUGCGGGGCUGGGGGCUGGAAUCGAUCCCAUUUCCCGCAGCGGAAAGCCAAAGCCUCGUGGCCCUUCCAGCGGCGACAGGCAAGCGUGGCCCUGUGUGACCAGCUCAUUCCUCCCACGGAGGAAACCGCUGAAAUGCUCAUAGAUUUUCUGAGAAGCCCUGGCUCACCGUGGGCCCUGCCGCCCGACUGCAGCCCUGAGGACCAGCAGCUGAGGGAGCUGACGGUGUGGACUCCGCAGGUCAUCCAAGACACCUUCAUCUUCUCCUACUUCAAAUCACUCCGGAUCGUCAAUAAAGGCGUGGAUGAAAUUGAUGCCAAUUUGUUAAAAUUUCCCAACCUGGAAGAGCUCAUCCUCAGUGCCAAUCACAUCAGCAGAAUAAACGCUGCCAACCUCCCUCCAACCCUGAAGGUGUUGGAACUUUGUGGCAACGAGGUGGAAUGCCUGAAGGACCUGUGUGCCCCCCCCCCUCCAGAACUCCAGCAUCUGGGCCUUGGUCAUAACUGCCGGCUGGGCUCGUCCCAGGAAGACUACCUCACCAAUGCUUUCUGGCCAAAGCUCGUCUCCCUCGACUUGAGUUAUAACAGUUUCACGGACCUGCUCUGCCUCCUCGCCAAACUCGGGACGCUGAAGAGGCUUCGAGUCCUCGUGCUGCAGGGCAACCCUCUGGCCCUGAUGCCCGGUUACCGCGGCUUCACCAUAGACAGCCUGCCAAAACUCUGUGCCCUGGAUGAUGGCAACAUCACCCCCGACGAAAGGCACUGGUUCUUGGGCGUCUCUUCCAACCCAGCGCUGCUCCAGCAGGACGUUGAAAUGAUUGUCACCAUUGGCAAGAUCCGAGGCAUCCCCAAUCCUAUAGGUGCUGAGGAUCCGGAAAGUAGUCCUGAGUCUCCCGUGGUCACUUACAGCUACUACGUGAUGUAUGAGUUUGCCAAAGGUGAAAAAAUCAGUGACAGAGAUCACACCAAGGUCGUGGCAUCCCAAAAUCCAGUAGCAACUAUGCAUAAUGCAGGAAGCCCCCCGGCAGGCCCAGAAGAAGCAAGGGGCAAUGUGGAGGCAGCUUUGGAUAUACCAACUAAUUUGGAUUCACCUUCUGAAGCGGCAAAUGUUUACUCCACCCUUCGGAAGCCCUGGGCAGAGACCAUUGAGUGUGAAUACAGAAAGGAGCACGUCACCAAAGACCUGGUUGCUUUGAAGGCCUAUCUUCUUGCUGGAACCACCGUCACAAUUGUGGAGGAAAAGAUCAUCUCAUGGCCUGUCAUUGUUACGCCAAUUGAAACUCCCAGUAAGAAAGGAAAGGGGAAAGCGGAGAAAGGGAAACCAGAAAAGGGGAAAAAGGACAAAGAGAAAGCAGAGAAGGGCAAAGUGGAGAAGGGGAAGCCGAAAGAUGGCGGGAAGGGUAGCAACAAGAAGAGAAAGAAAUCCGUCUCCCCGGAGUUACGAAGCGACCCUCCCAUCCUGAAAACCCUGGGCUCUGGCCAUGUCAACCUCCAAAGCCUGCUAGCGGGAGAGUCGCUCUUGACAACUGUAUGUGACUUUGGCGUCCUCAUCACAGAACUGAGACCUCAGCCCUCAGCCCUGAAAGAGAAGGAUGGUAAAAAGGGCAAAAACAAAGAUAAAAAACCUAAAGGUGGGACAGACAGCGCGGCAACCCAGAAAACCGCAUCGGCUGCCAAAGGGAAAGGAAAGAAACAGGAGUCUCCCAGAGGGGCAGAGGUCCAAAUGGUCCAGCCGGUGCCUCUGACUGUGGAAUUCCAGAUUCAGCACCCUAAGUGGAAGUCAUCAUCACAAAUCUUAAUAAAAACCGAAGUAUCUACAUAG